AUGUUUACUGUGUGUAACAGUACAGCCACCCACUCCGCACCCCACCGCCAAAGUGCUUUCCCACUGUGUUUCUACUUCACCUCUAUUUUCUUCGCUCGCCCCCUCUCCCCCAGAUGGAUCAAGUUCGAGGAAGAGGUGGAAGAGUAUGCGGAUCGGUGGUCCAAGCCGCACGUUGCCGUCCAGUCUUUGAUGUCUGUUUUCGAGGUCCGCAGCUGCCUUGCCAAGGCUGUUAUGCUACUCGACCUGGAGGCAACAACACUGGAGUCCAUUACAGGUGAGUCUUGCUGUCUGCGGCCUGAGAGGUUGGGCCGUUUAAAGCCCCUCCCAGUAAUGCCCUGUUUCUUUGCAGUAGAAAUCUAA